AUGGCCCCGCCCCCCCGGGGCACCCGGCCCCUCGGCCGCCUGGCGGGCAGCAGCGGGCCGCCAGCUGAGGCCCUCGCGCAGGACGCCGGGAGGCGGGGCAGGGCCGGCCUGAGCGCCUGCCCUGAGCCUGUGCUGGGGCCCCGCGAGGCCCGCAGGUCCCAGGGAGGCCUAGGGGUGGUGUCUCCCCAGGGGAGCCCUCACCCCGGGGCCCCCACACCCGUGACCUGCAGCCGCAUCCGCUUUCUCCACCGCUGGGGGCCGCCCCCUUGGCCGCAGGCGGGAGCCAAGAGAGGCAAGUGGCCCAGGAACGCCGCCGGCGGGCGGAGCCGCCCCCAGGGGCCAGGGGACCCCAGCACAGGGCCAGGGCAGCGCAGCCGGGCUGACAGGCUCCGGGAGGGACGCUGCUCCCCGCCCUCUGGGAGGGCACCCUACGGGCAGCCCUGGGGAGGGCCCUGCGCGCCCCAAGGCGGCCUCAGGCCCCGGCCAGGCCUGGCCUCGCCAAGGAGCCACCACGGGCUGUGGGCAGGGCCAGGACUCCAGGAGACACAGUCCGCCCACCUGACCCCUCCCAGGCUGGGCCGGACAGACCAUGGGGAGCAGCAGAGAGGAGGGGCUACCAGGCCAGCUCAGCCAGGCAGACCAAGACCCCCCGGCCGCCUCCCCGGAAGGACCCCUGCCAGAGGAGAGAGGCAGCCGCCCAGCAGCGGCCAGGGCCCCUUCUUCUACAUCGGGGGCACCAACGGAGCCUCCAUAAUCAGCUCCUACUGCAGGAGCAAGGGCUGGCGGCGCACGCAUGACGGCCGGCGCGGGGACUACGCGCUCAAGUGGUGCGAGGUCAAGAGCAGGGACAGCUACUGCAGCUUCCGGGAAGGCGAGCAGCUGCUCUACCAGCUGCCCAACAACUCGCUCCUCACCACCAAGAUCGGGCUGCCUCAGCGCGCUGCGGGAGAGCUCGCGGGUCCUGACCGCGGCCCAGGGCCCGAGCUGGGCCAGCCCCACCCCGAGAAGGGCGCCGCGCCCGCCCCUGAGGAGCCAGAGUGGACGAGCUUUCCGGGACAGCCCGAGCCACACAGGAUCCUGAAAAUGGAAGAAUUUUUCCCGGAGACCUAUCGUCUGGACAUCAGGGACGAGAGAGAGGCUUUCUUCGCCCUGUUCGAUGAAACCCAGAUGUGGAUCUGCAAGCCCACCGCCUCCAACCAGGGCAAAGGCAUCUUUCUGCUCAGGAGCCAGGAGGAAGUCGCCGCCCUCCAGACCAAGACGCAGAGCUGGGAGGACGACCCCAUAUACCGCAGGAUGUGGUUUCGGGUGCCCCAGGCCCGGGUCGUGCAGAGGUACAUCCAGAACCCGCUGCUGCUGGACGGCAAGAAGUUUGACGUGCGGUCCUACCUGCUCAUCGCCUGCGCCAUGCCCUGCAUGGUCUUCUUUGGCCACGGCUACGCUAGGCUCACCCUCAGCCUGUACAACCCCCACUCCAGAGACCUCAGUGGCCACUUGACCAACCAAUUCAUGCAGAAGAAGAGCCCGCUGUACCCGCUGCUCAAGGAGGACACGGUGUGGAGCAUGGACCAGCUCAACCGCUACAUCAACAGCAAGUUCCGGAAGCCCAAGGGCCUCCCCCGAGACUGGGUCUUCACCACCUUCACGAGGAGGAUGCAGCAGAUCAUGGCCCAGUGCUUCCUGGCCGUCAAGCCCAAGCUGGAGUGCAAGCUGGGCUACUUCGACCUCAUCGGCUGCGACUUCCUCAUCGACGAGAACUUCAAGGUGUGGCUGCUGGAGAUGAACGCCAACCCCGCGCUGCACACCAACUGCGAGGUCCUGCGGGAGGUGAUUCCCGGCGUGGUCGUGGAGACCCUGGACCUGGCGCUCGAGACCUUCCAGAAGAGCCUGACCGGCAGGAAGAUGCUGCCGCUGCUGGCGCAGCGCCGCUUCGUGCUCCUGCACAACGGCGAGCCGGACCCGGGGCCCAGCCCGGGGGCACCGCGGGUCUCCAGCCCCGACGGCGCCCGGGACCGGGAGGCUCCGGGGCCCGAGCGGCCGCGAGCGGGAGGCCGGGACCUGGCACAGGAGCCCUCGCCCGGGGAGCACAAGGGCGCGGGCCCCCGCGACCACCGCGACCACCGGGGCUCCUAG